UUUUAUAUUUAGUACUCGUAACUACUAAAGUUAAAAUAGUUUUAUUUUAGACACGAAGUUUCACUGAUUGAAAAUGACAGGCUUUCAGUCCCGAUUUAUCAAAAUUCAAAAAUAUUAGUCUCAUAAUUACGAAAUAUGUAAUAUAUUUCACACAAACCCGCAUUAGAAUAAUUACAUACUUAAACCCAACCAUUUAAUUACAUAAAACUCUGAAAGCAAGUCAUCUAAAAGCCAAAUAUGGAUUGAAAAUUGUUACCUAACAUCUGUUGGUGUAAAUGGUCACAAUAAUAAAUAAAUUAGUGUAUGAAACAGCCUUGAAAGUAAAGUUGUCAAUGAAUUGAACCAGUACACGUCGCCUCGUGGGUUCGACAGGAGUUGAUUUGAUCCUGGUUCCUGAUAUAAUACCAUUUAAGUAUGGGUAACGAUAAGGAUUUCUUUCGCGAUACUAAAGUGCGGUAUUUAGGUUACGCCAACGAGGUGGGUGAGGCGUUCCGGCCGAUGGUGUCCCGGAACCUGGUGAAUCUCAGCUACAAGGUGGCCGGGGCUUAUGUGCUUGCUGACACUGCGGACAAGAGUUUGAAAAUGUUAUGGAAAGACGGCAAAAUCUCGAGCAUGAUUCUUGGCACCGGUGACGCCCUGAUCUGGCAGACCCUGGCCUCCAUUGUCAUCCCUGGAAUCACUAUCAACAGAAUCGUAUUCUACACAGGCCGAGCGUUGAAAGGCAAACCAGUGCCCCCCACGGUCCAGCGGUUCGCCCCAGUAGUAGUCGGUCUGGCCUGCAUCCCUAUCAUAGUCACCCCCAUAGACCGCGCAGUCCAUAUGCUCAUGAAUGUCUCGUACCGACUCGUCUUUGGACACCAUCAUUAAGCUAGCUAAUCUGCAGAGGGCUGGCCUUAAGAGGUGGUCCAGUGGUAGUCGGUCUGGGCUGCAUCUCUGUUAUAGUCACUCCCAUAGACCGCGCAGUCCAUAUGCUCAUGAAUGUCUCGUACCGACUCGUUUUUGGACACCAUCAUUAAGCUAGCUAAUCUGCAGAGGGCAGGAUUUAAAAGGUGGCCCAGUGGUAGUCGGUCUGGGCUGCAU